CACAUUCAUGCUAACAACGUAGGUAUACGUCGAAAAUCAAUCUAAGUGAUGUAGCACAUCGUUUUAUCACGCCGAAAUAAAAACAUGAGUAAAGCGUAGAACGUACAAGAACGUUGGAUAUCCGUAUAAAAAUCAUAAAACUACGUACUAGCGCCACACCAUAUCUAAAUCUCGGACUUCUAGCGCCACUGGAAAUGUGUUUUAUUUCAUGAUGAUUCCCAGUCACUCACACAGUUACAAGUACCCACACCACAAACGCACAACGUCAUCACACGGUGACCUUUGUACGCGCCGCCAUACUGUCAGUGAGGCUGUUGCGCUCGCAGCGGGAACACGACGCAAACCAAUUACGCGCGAAAUCACCGUCAUGGAAAGUAAGAGGAAAUCUAAAAAAAGACGACCCAAAGGAAAAGACAAAAAUGAGACCUGCAAUAGAAAAAAUACGACGAAAUCUAUUGAAAUGGACACGGAGGAGAAACGACCACAACGGACGAACAAGGCUUUAAUGAAAAUGUUUGAAGAUAAUGUCUCGUCACGGCAAAGUACACCAGACCCAUUUAGCGACGAUGGAGAGUAUGGCUCCGAUGAAGAAUAUGAUCCUGCCUCUGACGAUUCAGACAGCAGUGUUGUUAGUGAUUUGGAAUUUUGUUGCAGACGCACUAAACCAUCGUUGGGGAGCAGGUCUGAGUCUGAAGCUGGUACAGAUAAUGACGAUGAUAACGAAACCGAUUCGUUUUCGGAAGCUUCAAGUAAUAGCAGUAUUUUUGACUCUCAUCGCCGCCGCCGUUUAGCUCUUAAACGUUCCCAUUCAACCACUUCAAACAAUGGCACAAACAAACCUAAAACAAAACAGGCGAAAGUUGAACAUGCUGAUGACAGUGCAGACACAAUUUCUUUGCCUUCAGAAACUUUAAAGAACAACUUGGGUGAUAUAAAUGUUUUAGAAAUCUCAUCUUUACUUCCUGACCCGACAGAAAUAGAAAAUAUGUCAAUUUGUACGAGAAAUCAGUCACCUCUGGCAUCGCCGCCGCCACCGGAUCCGGUUGAAGCUGAAAGAAAUGACUCACCUGCGUCGCCGCCGCCACCGGAUCCGGUUGAAGCUGACAGAAAUGACUCACCUGCGUCGCCGCCGCCACCGGAUCUGGUUGAAGCUGAAAGAAAUGACUCACCUGCUUCGCCUCCGCCACCGGAUUCGGUUGAAGCUGAAAGAAAUGACUCACCUGCGUCGCCGCCGCCACCGGAUUCGGUUGAAGCUGAAAGAAAUGACUCACCUGGUUCGCCGCCGCCACCGGAUCCGGUUGAAGCUGAAAGAAAUGACUCACCUGCGUCGCCGCCGCCACCGAAUCCGGUUGAAGCUGAAAGAAAUAACUCGCCGCGUGCGUCACUAAUGCCACCAAGAUCUGAAGAUGCCCAAAGAAAUAAUCCGACCGGAAUCUCGGAAGAGGGUAAUGUUAGACAGUCUGGUAACGACAUUGAAGCUCCAAAUGACUGCGAAACUACAAAAGCGGAUAUACCGUUGUUUGAAUUUGAUGCCCUUUCUGCGGGUGCUCAAUUUAAUGUCGGUCCAGGUACGACGGUCAUAGAUGUUUUUCAUAAAACGUUCCCACCUAAUAUUAUUGACUAUAUUGUAACAUGCACUAACGCCUAUGGAAAAGCACUUUGUUUGUCAAAAAGACCAGCAACCAGGAAUACACGUCAUUACAAUUUUAAAGACACGAACCAAGAAGAAGUCCGUAAGUUUCUCGGUUUGUGUUUGCUUAUGGGUCAAAUAAAAAUUCCCCAAAAACGAAAGCAUUUUACAUCUGUAUGUAAAAUGCAUGAAUGAAGAAAAUAUUGGGUGGUAAUACAGUGGAUCAACAGUGAUCAGUGAACAGUGAGUGAACAGUGGUGGAUGAGUGUUUAUAAUGUCAGCAAGAAGAUUUGAACAAAUUCUAAGAUGCCUAUGUGCAUCAGAUUUAACAGCAAAAGGAAAAGAAAAAAAUUGUGAAUUUUAUUGAAAUGCUGUGUAAGAACUUCAGAGAUUGUUAUAAGCCAUACAGAGAUCUCAGUUUGGAUGAAUCUCUGCUCUUAUUCCGGGGUCGACUAUCAUGCCGGCAAUAUAUAAAAAGCAAAAAAGCCCGUUAUGGCAUAAAAUUCUACGAACUGACAUCAUCAGAUGGUUAUGUUCUAAAUUUAAUGAUGUAUGCCGGAAAAGACGCUGAAAACGAGGUUCAGAAAGGAAAAAAAAAACCGAAAAGCUUGUGCUUCAUCUCAUGAAACCCUAUUUGCUCAAAGGACAAAAGGAGAAAAAUAAUAAAAACAAACAUAACCUUUAGUGUUUUAUUGACUGAAUAAUACCUAAAAACUACUUUACAAUGCUUAAGUACUGAAAAAUAACGAAACGUAUAUUAUGUACGUCCUUGUUCAUUAAAAAAAUAAACUUGAUGCAAUGUUUUGUAGCACUACAUGAAUAACCGUCAACGUACAUAAGCGUCCCUUUGUAUUAAAAACGUGUAUUAGCAAUUUCUUACAGCAGAACGUAAACAUACGUUAACGUACACGUGCGUUUCGGUAUUACUAGCUAAUAUGAAAACUAUGCUCUGAAACACAGCGUACACCAACGUUACCGUGAUAAAACGUUGUUACAUAAGCACAAAAUUUAAAAAACCUUUUUGUGACACAACGGUUAUAAGCGUUAACGUUUAUACACGUUCUAGUAUUUCUGGCGAGUGUAUUAACUAAACUAGAAAGCACAACGUAUAUUCACGGUACCGUGAUAAGACGUGGCUACUUAUUCAAUAGAUAAAAUACAUGUUUAGUGGCACAACGCCUAUAAACGUUGACGUGUUAUGACGUUAGGUCUUUAAUAGACAAGCAAAAUGUUUAUGAACUAUGCCGGAACGUAUAUAUACGUUGACGUAUAAUUACGUUCUUUUUGUAAUUCAGGGUGCAAUCUUUAUUUUGUGUGACAAAACGUAUGUAUACGUUGACGUUAUACAACGUUAGUGUGAAGAUGUAUGUAUGGUAAUUAUUUUAUAUUUCUCGGGACGUGUAUGAACGUCGUUUAAUUUUGUAUGGAAAGACCAUGCGCAACGCCUCAUCUGACGGACUUAGUGGGAUGCUUGCAUGAACGUGUUAAUUUAGU